AUGGCUGGCUGUCGCUCCUAUGCUGCGCAGCCCAAUGCUGCACCGCUUUACUUGUUCUACGAGACCUUUGCCAAUGGGACGCGUGCCAUUGCGGCGCCUUUAUUGGAUGAACGCUCAGGCCUAUGCUAUUACUCUGUGGAUUGCGAUUCGGCGUUGCCCUGUUGUUCUGCAGAUCAAUGGGUGAGCUCGGGCCAAACCAACUCGACGAAUGUGGUGAAUUUGGGCUCGCUGAUUGUCUAUGUGGCCUUCACUGUCUGGCUAAAUCGUUGGAUGAACGCCGUGCGACAGAGAUAUGAUGGCGAUGAAGACCCCAGACCUCCCAGUGGCAUCCACGACGGCCUCAAUUUGCUGGGCGUCUACGUGGGCAUCUGCGUCACGGUCUUUGUGUCCAUUGCCAUGGCUAGCAGCACUCAGCUGGCGCUGCCAGUGCCGGAGCGAAAUUCCAUGCUUGCCGCCAUGGCGUUUUUAACGCCGGUGAAGGACAUCUUCCAAUUUUUAGAAGACACCACCACCGUGAAAAUUACCCUGGCGCUCGGUGCUGGUGACUAUUCUGCCAUCCGGCCAAUUGCCCUGCUGGGGAUUGGGGGUGGCUUGGCUGCCGGCGUCAUCGGCGCACUUCUGAUGACCGUCCUGGCGUGGUGGCCCCAAGGAGUGAUCCAAGUCCUACUUGCGCCGGGCAGUUCAGACGCCUUAGCGCGAAACCCCAACUGCCAGCUGCUGCCGUCAGCGGAGGAGGUGGUGACCACGGCCCGGGGCUUGUGGCUGUUGACCAGCUGGUCGUGGCCGCUGCAGUUCUGUAGCAUGGUGCUCUCCGGCCUUUUGAUGGGCGCUCGAGAGUUUGCGAUCUAUGGCAUGGCGACGAUUGCAGCACAGGGAGCCCUUGCUGGAAUUUGGUUCAUGGGAGGCGUGCAAGAUCUGAAUCUCCUGGGGUGGGCCACCUUCCUCUCCAACCUGGUUCUUUGCGUCUCCCUGGCCAUCUGCCUGGUACUCCACCGACCCUUGCGGCGCAAGAUGGGUCUUCUGGGAGCCCAGCUGAGCGAGAUGGUCCAGGCAUUGGAACCCAGGGAGGUCACGGCCUCCACCUCGAAGGACGUGUUGAAGGAUGGCAUCCUCGCCAUGAUCCUGGACUUGGCCCUGCAAUUUGCGGGCACCACCUCAGUCUAUGUCGCCGCCUUCGUGAGUUUGCAGGACAUGUAUCAGCUGAGCGCUGCAGGGGCGGCCCUGCCGCAGUUCUCCGCCUACGCCACGGCGGUGGGCUAUGUGGUGCGCUUGGUGGGCGGUGCUUUGGUUGGCCGCCAGGCUUAUGCUGAAUUUACCCAGCUGAUGAAGGUCAUGGUGGUCUUAAGUGUCAUCUUGGGCAUCAUCUCUGCAGUGGGCAUCUAUUGGAACAAGACGAGUCUGGCAGCCUACUACUCGGUACAGGCCUGUGAGUUUGCCAGUUCCCGGGAAUGUCUUGAGAUCUAUGCGGGCCUCUAUGCGGAGGGCCUGGGGAAGUACGACACCACUAUUUUUACUACCUUCGACGUGUUUGGUCUCACGGCCAUGGCGACCUGCAUUUUCAAUGUGGUCAAGGCUGGUCUGUACGCGUGUCAGGACUUCAAGUACAUGGCCGUGGCCUCUCUGUGGGUCAUGCUCCUGGUGUUUCUUCCCGUCCUUUUGUUGGCGCGUUUCUUCUUUGUGAGCGCCACGGCGUUGUAUGUUGCCUCGGUGCUUCCCAGCUGGGUGCUGACGGUGGUUUUCCUGCUGCGGCUGCGCAGCUUGUCGUUCCAGUGGGACCCGGCCGCUAGGGCCCUGGCAAUGGAAGCAGCUGGGCAGAUUCUGGCAGCCAUGGAAGCGCAUGAAGUGCUCAGUGUUCCACUGGACGUGUCCAUGCGACAGCUGCGAAGAAGAUUCAGCCUUUUUCAAGGCUCCAGCGGUCGCCCGUUCACCGUGCCACACGCCAUGCACGUAUCCAUCCCGGUUCGUGCCACGUCACACCAGCCCGCAGAGCCUGCGGGCGAUCCCUGCGAUGGCCUAUCGCCUUCCUCGUGGGUGUCGCCACCGGCACCGAUGGCACCGGUGGCGGGGGAGGCCCGGGAGCUGACGAAACGCAAGGAACGCGAGGACCGCGAGGAGUUGAAAGGUGAAGUGACCAAAGAUGAGAGCCUUAAGUCAAAGUCGGACACCUCAUCCAAAAAUCGAGUCCUGGUUAGCUUGGAGAUUAGUGACGAUGAGUUGGAUGGCGAUGAGACCUACUGCUUGUUGCUGCGCAAGUUGUCAUCUUACAAGUUGACCUGGGUUUUGGUGACAGCUCUGACGGUGCUGGUGUGUAGCGCUUUGGCCAACCCGGUGCUGUGCACCCAAUCUCCAGCAUGUGAGCAGCACCACCUGCUCGACCAAGACCUCAGCUUCUACAGCGGCGGCGUCUCGGCGGCCUUGGCGUCAGUGCUGAUGCAUGAAUUGGCCUCGGUGAUGCUGACGCAUAACACGGCCAAGAAAGCCAUUGAUAUUAUUCCGGAUAUCAAGGAUUCCUUGAUUCCAUCCAUGCUGCUGUGUGCCACCUUUUUGGUUCUCAUCAUCGAAAACAUGGCUCUUGUGCUUGGUGAGCUUCCUUGGUACGCGCACGCAGCCAAUUUGGGAACCGAGUUGAAUGACACGCCCGUCUACAGCGUAUUUUAUGCGGAAUGGCUCAUCAAUGUGCCCAUUCUCCUAGUUUUGGCGGGGUCCAUUGCCCUUGGAAGGCCAGGGUCCGAAGUGGCAGAACCAUUGCUGAUCACCAAUGUUUACAUUGUGUUCGCUUGGGUGGCGAAUUUUAUCUCCAAUCUGGCCCUGCGAUACGCCGUGCUGUCGAUCACCUUCCUGAUGUAUUUCAGGGCGUCAUGGACCAUGUGCCAAUGGGUCUACCGAUGGAAACAACGCAAUCCCAAGGGGUUCCUGUUGGGGCGGCCAUUGCUGGCAUUUGUGCUGAUUAUCGUGUUCGGCAUCUAUGGCAUAGUCUACCUGGCUAGAAUGCAUGGUUUGGUCUCCUACCGCCACGAGCGCAUCUUCUACGUCACCAUGAAUUUCACCACCAAGUUAUUUGCAUCGAUGACUCUGGCGGGCAUCCGGUCCAGUGAUUUCCAGGAGUUGCUGUUGACCAUGUUGGUCAACAGGAGAACCUCCUUCACACGGAAGCACGACUAUGGAGAUCAGGACGUGUCCGCAGCUUUCCGAAAGAUCAAAGUGGCGUUGGAGGAACUGCGCGGAUUGUUGGCCUUGAGGAGGCCCAAUGAGGAUCGCGGCGCUCCCGAGGGGACGCUAGUGGCAAUCCCAUGGGUGGUGACGCCGCAAGAGUUUCACGUUCUCUCUGGUCCUGGGCUGCGCUCAGGAGACAGCUUUGCCGCGAACUUUGAUCCGGAGUUGUUGGACCUCGUGGUGUGCCACCGGCUUGGCCUUUGGCAACGUGUAGAGGUUGGUCCACGUCCCAGGGAGGUCCCAAAGAGUCAAUCCGAGUCGGUGACGGAGUUUGAACUGCCCCUACUCUUCGACCAGAGGCCUCAUGAAGAUCCCAUUCUGGAGGCUUGGCUGGGUAAAACGCUGGACAACCCUGACAAGGCCAGAUGCUUGCAGAAGCUGCAGCAAGCGGUGGAAGAUCAGCCCGAGGUGUGCCCCGUGCUGCGGAACCUUCUGUCCAGAUUUGAGGCUUCGAUCGCUCAGUGGCUUUCAUCCUGGCCCCAAGCCGAGCCGUGGCGCGAGGGUCUCACGCUUUGUGCGUCGUGCUCGCAAUCUGCGGAGAUGUUGGAGCUGGAGCUCCACAGUGUAUUGGCUUUGCAGGGUGGUAUGGCCCCAGGUCCUCAACAACCGCCUUUCUUACCAGAAUCGGAGGAGGCGCUUGAUGCCUUUCGCCAGGAGGCAGCUGCUUGGCUCUUCAAAUUGGAGGCCCUAUAUGGUUUGGAGCUGAUCAACCAGCCUGAGCGCCUGGCACAACAUCCACGGCUGUCCAUGCUAUCCUGGGAGCUGCCGGAGGUGGAAGCGCUGUUGCAGUGCCCCUACUUCAGACCCCCGGAGAUGAGCGUUUGGCGCUUUGCCCGGCGAUGGUGCUUGGAAGGUGGAGGUGCGUGUGCUUUCCGCGACGAGCCGGAAGCAGGGGUGCCAGUGACAAAGGAGAACAUUGACAUGGCCAUUUCCAAGGUUGCACGUUCCGGUGGCGAAAGUGAUGCGCAAAGCCAGAGGUAUCGAGCUCGACGUGUGGAGAGCAUGUUUGGGCGUCGCCUGUUUCGAUGGCAGGAGCUCAGUCCUCUGAGGUGGAAAUCAGAUAAUCUGCAACAGCUGGCCUUCCUGGCGAUGGUGGAUGCCGUGCUGAAGGGUUUUUUGACGGACUUCCCCAGCAUCAUUGGCUUUGUGGUGAUUAAUGCGGACGGCAUCCCCACCAAGUGGCAUGAGACGAUGCCAUACGACAGGGCUGUGAUGUAUGCCGCUCUGAUGUCUGACUUCAUCGCACACUGCAAGAAGAGUCUCAGAGGUCUCUUGACAUCUCCAGCAGAAAGCGAAUUGGCCAACAUCCGCCUGCGGACCAAACAAGGGACCGAGAUCAUCUGUGUCACCCAAGUGGAGUACACCCUGGUGGUCAUUCAGAAUUGCACAGGCGUCCCAUUGGUACAGGAUGAAGAAGCCAACCAGCCAGGAGCUGGAGGAGAAGGCUCUUAA